AGAAUGUUAAAAGGCGAGUUUUGGCCGAUAUUGAAAAGAAAAAAUGUGCUGGUUGCCAAAAAUUGAAAGAGUCAUUGAUCGAAAAAGAAACUCAAAUUAAACAAUUGGAAUCAGAAAUUGCCGAGUUGGAAACUAAGUUAAGCCACGAGCCUAGUAAUGAUACCUAUAAGGUAAACUUGACUAAAAAAAAGUCAGAACUUGCCCGAGUUAGUGAAGAGUUAAAACAAUUAAUUUCACCUGCACCACUCCAAAACCACGAAAUUAAUUCUUCAAGCAGCAGUCCCUGA